CUUGCUAUCAAUUUCCUUGCGGGGUGGUAGUUGUUUCUAUUUGAACUUUUUCGGACUUAACCGGAACUUCCACCAUAAAGAUUUUACCUGUUGUGCUCGAGCACAUUAAAAUGACAUUUUUGUUUACAAAGGUAUGAGUGAUGUAAAAUUUGGACACCCCGUCACCUUCAAUAAAAUCGAAAAUAGAAUUCAGGAAAUUACAUCGUCACUUCCUGGUUAUGAAAUACACGUUUUAGAAAUGGUGUUGAAAUGGAUUAAUGACGAGUUUUUAACACCAACCAUCAAAACGAUGUAAAAUAUAGAAUAUGGCAACGGACCGAGCGGAAGUCAUUCAGGGUUGUUCGUCGGAAACCAUAGACAAGCUCCUUCAGGAACUCAGCGACUUCAAAAGUAAUGCAUGCGUACUUCAAGAACUCAAAACUCAAAUGACCGAAAUGAAAGGUCAAAUGAACAACAUCCAAAGCUACAUAGUAGGAUCACACACAGUACCUCAUAUCCGGACUUCAUUGUCAUCCGGGGACUUCAGCAGUGGAUCAAUCAUGUCCAUAUGCUCUGACAUCCUGGCCACAUCUGACAUUGAUAUCCAUAAAGACGUACUUAGAGGAGAACAUAAACAACUUAUGGACAUUGAUCUAUGCAGCACAAAUAUUUUGGACAAUUUAGUGCAGAAUAAAGUUUUACAAUCCAGCGAAGCGGAGGCAAUUCGGAAUACAAGGUCUAGUGUGGGGGUGGAGGACACCAGAGUAAGUCAGACACGUGCUUUUCUGUUCCGGUUACAGAGUCGUGAUAAGCAAUGCUUCCAACAUUUCAUUAACUCUCUUGAUGAGGAAUAUCCACAACUUGCAAAACGAUUACAAGAUGCUUUUGAUUCAAAGCUGCAAGAAGAACAUAUUAUUGAAGGCGAUGAUAUGAAAUGUGUAGUAUGUAGAAUACGAAACAAUGUAAGGGUGUGUGAAAUAAUUGACACGUUCUACCAGAAAAAAUUGAUAGAUGUAAUAGUAGCGGAAAGCAUUCUGGGGUGCGAUAAUGGUGCAACACAGUGGACCAAGUUUUGUCAACAAUUGAGCGCAAAUCCUGCUACUUUUCCCAGUAUGAUGGAAGCCUUGGAAGAACACCACAGUAGUUUCGUAAAAGAAAUGGCUAAAGUCCAGCGAAUUACGUUUACGUGUUUCUGCAGACACGUGAAAGAAAAAUUUAGACGAAAACUACUCGGUGUGAAAAAUUAUUAUGACUCACCAAUGGAAUCUAAUUCAUCUGAAGAACUUGGAUCUUCCUCGUUUCGCGAGCGAAAAAAGCACUGCCAGGAGUCAGAUUACCUCACGGUACACUAUGACGUGGUGGAUGAUAAGCAACAGACUAGGCAGCAGACGGAAUCUCAAGAUACCAGUAGUGUUAAAGACAACACCUGUUCAAAUCCAGGGAGACACCUGAGAAGUAUUAGCAGAGGUGACGUCAAAAGGACAGCAUUUAAAGAAAAAACAUAUGACAAUAUUAAGUCGAUUACUUAAUGGUUUGUUGUCAUUCUAGGGCAUCGCCUUUGCUGUGUGCUGAGUUACGGAAUGUAAGAGAGUCAUUAUUUACAGCACUGGCUCUUAUUAACCGUCUUCAGAAGAAAAUAAUGAUGCUGUAUAUAAAUGAAUGAAGUACAAA